UGUUCAGAAGAACGACUGAGCAACAAGGACUUCUGCAUUUCUGCACAUGAAGUCUGAUUCUGGUUUUAGGUGUUAGUAAGUCUUAGUAGAAGCUGACAGUAUACUUUGAAUAACCCUGAAACUUAAAAUCAUGGCGCUACCGAACUUGUGUCAAAGUGCCUUCGCGGUGCUCCGUCAGGUAGAGCCGAUCAUCGUGCUCGAGCAGCUGGGCAGCACUCUCUUCGACACCGCUCUGCAGAUGGUGGUCAAGGACCGCUGCGCGAACGCCACGUACCCCGACAAGUCCCGGGAGGACAGCCAGCAGAAAGCCAUGACGGACUUCUUCAUGACCUACAACCUCAUCAUCCGGUUCGUCCCGAUGAUACCUGCGCUGCUCCUGGCCCGGUUGAGCGACCGAGGCAGGAGGAAAGCCCCCAUCGUGGUGCCCCUGGGCGGAUACCUGCUGUCCAGGCUCAUCCUGCUCCUGGUGGUCAUCUUCCGCCUGCCGGUGGAGGUGAUGUUCGGCGCCGCGGUUCUCUUCGGGUUGUCCGGUGGGUUCUGCGCCUACUGGCCCGGCGUGAUGACGCUGGCGUCGCUCAGCUCCACGACUACGGACCGGUCCAAGGUGAUGAUGAAAGUGGAGCUGCUGUAUGGGGCAGCAGGUGUGGUGGGCAGCUUGGUGUCGGGUCAUCUGUUCCUGGCCUACAGCUCCAGUCUGGGACAUGGAAUAGUCCUGCUCAUUGUGAGCUUACUUCUUCACCUGCUCUGCCUCGUAUUCUCCAUUUUCCUGCUGCAGGUGAAACAAGUGUCCGACAAAGACCCAGAUGAGAGCUGCCACCUCCUUUCUCACACCUCUGAUACUGCCCCUGUCACCGAGGCUCCUGCUGGGAUAAACAAGGUGAACGUGGUUCUGCUGUUUGCUGCUGCCAUCCUGUACAACUUUGCAGUGGGUGGAGCUGUAGAAAUACUGGGCGUCUUUGUGAUGAAGGAGCCGCUCAGCUGGAGUGCCACUCAGGUCGGUUAUGGGAACGCAGCUGGCUGCACGAUUUUCCUCACCAGUUUCCUCGGCGUGAUCCUGUUUCGUCGCUGCGCCAGCGACAUCACGCUCAUCCUGAUCGGCAUGCUGUCAUUCACCUCGGGAAUCUACUUCAUGUCCUUCGUCACGACAACCACCAUGUUCUACCUCGCUCGCUCGCUCAAUCUGUUUGCUCUCAUCCCGAUGCCCACGAUCAGAUCUCUACUUUCACAGCAAGUUCCAGCAUCUGCAUGUGGCACCAUUCUCACCGUCCUACAGUUGGCUCUGAAGUUUUCUGGUCUGGCCUACAUCCCUGCCUUUACUAAGAUCUAUCAGACGACUCUGGACUGGUUCCCGGGCUUCGUCUUCACACUCUCCAGCAUCGUUACAGUGCUGGGAAUGAUACCCAUCAGUAUCGUCGGCUGCAGAUCACCACAGAGGCGACAGUACAAAAGGACUCAGGGAGACUGACUCGCCAGCAGUGACUUAGCGUUGGCACGAGGCAAACAGGAACUGAAAUGUGAAAUGAGCAAGAGGAGACUCGCUUCCUAUAACUGCAGAAAUGUGUGGACAGAUGAGCCGACUGGGGGCACUGGGUGAAAAUAUCUGUUCUUCAACCAGUGAAACUGGCCCAGACUGUUUUAAGAGGAUUAGUGGCAUGUCCACACCCACAGUGAUUUCAACACAAUAUACAGGACGUUUCAGUGAAUAUGUCAGACGUGGAAAAUCCCUUAUGAGUGCUGCCUAUUACAGAGAAUGUUUUUCUUUUUUUUUUUUUUGAGAUCUGACUUCGCACAAGCUACAGGAUCACAUUAUUUCAUUUGUAAAUAUCUAAUAUAUUUGAAUCUGACACAUUUUCAUGCUUAUUACUUGGAAUUUAAAUUUCCAGUAAGCACAGCCUCUGCUGAUAGGGUACAUGUAAUCUUAUGAGGUUUUAAAUAUAUCCAUACUUUAGAAAGUUUGCAUCUUUGUGACUGCAGAGUUUGGGUUUAUGUUGUUUUUAUCAGAAUUUGUUUAAUUGAAGAUUUUGCUAACUGACUAGUUAUGAGGGCAUGGCCAGAAAUCAGUUGUCAUGACCACAUCAGGAUGGAAAUCAUGUAGCUUGUUUGUUGCUGCUGGGUCACUGCAGAGUUUGUGUACGUGAGGAUGGUUUACAGGCUGCUUUUCACUCUCUGUGUGAAUGUGUACAUUCCAGUUGCCAUUCACAUGUCAUUAAUGACUGAACACUCUUCUGGACACGCAGCUGCUAAUUUUAGAUGUGAGUAUUGCGUCAUUUGAAGUUCUCGCAUUCUGACUUAUUUUCGAAAACAGAAACGCUUUGUAAGCAGAUUAGAAUGAAAAUAUAUGCACUUUAUGGUAAAUAGCGUGCAGUGAGACUUCUGAACCUGCAGGUCAGGAAAUGCUGACACAGAAAAGAAGAAAUUUGUUUUAAAAAUGUAAUUUUAUUACUAUUACAUUUUAUAUCACUUGUCUUACUUUUAAUUUCCUUUAGUUUUGCAUUUGAUUGUAAAGUACUUUGAACUGCACUAACGUGUUUGAAAGGUCAACACACAUUUUGCCUGGCAUUAUAUUAUCACCAUAUUUUGUAAAAAACAGCCUGAAGUGAUCUUGUCACCAUGAAAAGAGGUUUGGAAAUCUCAUGCCGUGUUUCCUGUCGACUUGUUUUAUGGUACCAUUGGUAGACUGGAUGCAGUGUAUUAUGACAUUCACUUAAAUUCUGCAAAUAAAGGUAUAAAGAAAAU